CGCCGGGUGGUGGCGCGCCCGGGGCUCCCGGCCCCGGCCGGCCAGGGACGCGGCCCCUCCCCGGCCGCGCCGCCCCCGCCGCCGCCUCCCGCUACACCCGGGGGAAGGUGUUCCCGAGACCGCUCCCAUCCUCACCCCGCCUCCCCACUUCCCCGGCUCCUGCCCCCGCCGGCGGAGCCCCACUAUGCCAGACAGUUUCGACACUUUGCAAAGACAAAGACCGGAGGGAGGAGGAACACCGAGGAGGACGCGGCGGGGAGAAGCGCCGGGGAGAGCGAAGGGAGAGGGGCGAUGUGAGCCGGGCAGCGGGCGAGCGCUCGGGACACUCCCCCUGUUACUCUCCCGCGAAGCCCCCACCCCGGGUCUCCGAGCCCUGGAAACUCCGGCGUGUCUCCGGCGGCGGCGGCGUUGGGACCAUUUUCAUAUCCAACCUUUGUGAGCUGGAAAUGCCAAAAGAAGUAAUUAGCAUCUCCAGGGCCUGUGAGGAACAAAUACUUCAGUCUUUGUGAUGGGAAAGCAGAGAUGGACAUGCCCUCAACCUGCUGAGAUGACAGACAACCAACCGUGAGUGCCUUCACCGAAAAGACUGCUUAACCGCACGGCUCUGUUGGAUUUCUGCGAAGGAUCCCCGAUCCGGAGCCUUCACCCUUCUUUACCCUCUGGCGACCCCGAACUGUCACAGCCCCUCCGAUGGGAAAGGAAAUCCUGAAUUUAGCCUGAUUCAAGUUUCAUCGGGAGACCAGAUCUGCUGCUCCAGGGUUGCAGACACAGCCAGCUAUUUUAUUUCUUGAAAAGGUAAAUUAUCUACAAAAGAAAGAGCCAAACCAACAGGAGCCAUCCUCUCGACACCCGACUGUCAUCUGUGAAGGUCCGUGUGCCUGCCCAGUGGGUGUGAGGGCAGCCAGAGCAGGCCCGACGCUCUCCUCCACCCCCAGGAAUCCCUGCCGGACCUUGUGAUUUGUGUCUCAGCACUGGGAUUUUUUCUUCCGAAUUCCUUCCCCAGCCAGCAUCCGUGUGUCCAGCACAUCAGCAGGAGGGGCCCCCUGACAGGAGAGAGCCACCAUGGCCAGUCUGAAGAAAAGGAUGCUCAAGUUCCUCACCCUCCUGGUCCUGCUCAUCUUCUUUACCUCCUUCUGCCUGAACGUGUCCCUCAUCCUGGUCCCCAACACCUGGCUCCCCAAGCAACUGAUGCAGGAGCUCUCGGACUUCAUGAGGUUCCUGAAGUACCCGUACAAGGGCUGCAGCUGUGCGCGCUGCAUCGAGGACCGAGGGCUCUCGCCCUGGUUCGACAGCAGGUUCAACAGGUCCAUACCACCGCUGCUGACGUUGCAGAACGCCUUUCUAGAGGAAGACACCUACAGGUGGUGGCUGAGGCUCCAAGGGGAGAAGAAGCCCAGUCAUUUGAAUGACACCAUCAUGGAGCUCUUCCAGGUGGUCCCUGGGAACACGGACCCCCUGUUGCAGAAGAGUUUGAUGGGCUGCCGGCGCUGUGCCGUCGUGGGCAAUUCUGGCAACCUGCGAGAUUCCUGGUAUGGCUCCCAGAUUGACAACCAUGACUUCGUGUUUCGGAUGAACAAAGCCCCCACGGCUGGCUUUGAAGACCACGUCGGGAGCAAGACCACCCACCACUUCCUGUACCCUGAGAGCUACCGAGAACUUGGGGAGAACGUCAGCAUGAUUCUGGUUCCCUUCAAGACUCUGGACCUGGAGUGGGUGGUGAGCGCCAUCACCACGGGCACCAUCACCCACACCUACAUUCCUGUCCCCAGGAAGAUCAACGCAAACAAGGACAAGGUCCUGGUCUACCACCCAGCCUUCAUCAAGUACGUCUUCGACAACUGGCUGCAGGGCCACGGGCGCUACCCCUCCACCGGCAUCCUGGCCAUCUUCUUCGCGCUGCACAUCUGCGACGAGGUGGACCUGUAUGGCUUCGGGGCGAACAGCAAAGGGGACUGGCACCACUACUGGGAGACCAACCCCUCGGCAGGAGCUUUCCGCAAGACGGGGGUCCACGAUGGCGACUUUGAGUCCAAUGUGACCUCCAUCUUGGCCUCCAUCAACAAGCUCCAUAUCUUCCACGGGAGAUGACGCUGCCCUGGCUUUGAGACUCAUGCCCUGAGGCCCACCCCGCCCCCCUCCGUGGCGGCCCCAUGACCGGCCUUGGGGAGGAGUCUCUUAUUCCCAGCACUGGGCCGCCUCCAAUGAGCAAGGCCUGUGCUGCCCUGGGCCGGGGGGGCAUUUGAUGGUGGGGACGGGGAAGAGCAUCAGUCUCCACGGAGGGUGGGGGGUCAGGGCCUGGGGACCACAUCCUGAAGACUCUCCUCUGCCCGAGGGAGCACAGGCUCCCGGGAGGAGGGGCUGCGUCUGCUCUCCACUGAGGACCUUGCUGCAGACUCAGCCCCUGGCUCUCCUGGCAAGAUCCUCAGCGAGGCCAGCCGGCGUGGGGCAGAGUGUGGUGGACGCAGAGGAUGAGAAGAUCUCUCUCCUUGCACGACGCCUGGCCCCUCACCCCUGGGGCGGCUGCACCCCUCACUCUUCCUUUCCAAAGCUCAUGCCAGGUGGCCAGGAGCAGGGCCCCACCGCCCCCCCGCCGGCCUGGAGCCUCUGAGUCCUGCCGCGUCUCUCCCGCCGGGGUACUCUGGAGGAAUCCUUCUUUUCCGACUCAAAUUCUAGUAUGCAGCAGCCCCGGUGACCUUCAUGUGCCUUUGUCCUGGGAGGGGAGCAGCGGGGGCCAAGAGGAGGCCCUGCCGCUGCCUGUGCCCUGCAGUCAUUGCUUGCUGGCAGGGCUCCUCCUUCCCGGUUUCUCCGGCAGCAUGUCUCAGAGGAUCCUGAUGCCAUUGAGUGGUCGUUGGCCCUGGCCCGGCAGGAUUUGGUGCCCCUCCCACCUUCCAAGUUGUCUUCCCCCUGGGUCUCCUCUGGCCGGUUUUGUCCUGUGAGAGGCAGGUGGUCGCAUGGCCCACAUCUGACAGUGUGGGAGAAAUCAUACCUCAUACCCCGCCCCCCGCCCCCAUCGGCUCCCUCUGCUGUUCUCUGUCUGCCGCGUCCACUUUCCUGGUUAUUUAUUGAUUCAUAUUUUCAAGUCAUCUCACCUGAUGUGCACUUUGCCAUGCCGAUGUAGACCCUUGUGUUUGCCUCAAGUUUACCCUUGCACCCCGCCAGCCGCCGCAGAGCAGAGCGGCGAGCACGUGAAGCCAGCCUUUCAGGCAGCCCCUAGAUCUGGGCCUUCGGAGGGAUGAAAGAGCUCACUAGGAGGCAGAUCCUGUGGUGUCAGGCUGGUGUUUAUCUACCCCCGAAGACCGCUUCCAGCUCCACUUUCUUCUUUCCUCAUUGUGAUUCCAUGCUGGGCUAGGAAUCUCCAAAACUCAGGGGGAGCAUCUUGGGGCUGAAUGGGGAGUGAAGUCUCAGGCCUAAGAAGAGAAGUUAUUGGCUCUAGGUCCUGGCAUUCAACAGGACCAAAGCUCUUUUCCUUCGAGCACAUUUGUUAAAAGACCAGAGUCACGGUAGGGGAAGCGGGGGUGUCUCUGGCUGGAAUGUGAAGGUGCAUCACCAGGGUCUCCUUGCCCGCACUGGGGCUCGUCCUGCUCUCCCCUGGCCUCCCUCUGCAGACAGGAGGAAUUAGGGGUAUGUAGCCGCCGCCAGUGGUAUCAUGGCACUCAAAAAUUCCUAGAAAUGAAAUGUCACAAUUGCAUAGCCUUCUUGUUGCUGUAUGAACCAGAUUGCCUUGUGUAUGUUUUCAUAAGAUUUCUCCGAAUGCGAAUAAAAAAUAAAAAAUGUUUGAAAACACACACAAACCUGCUCCAGCUUUAAAAUCCUCCAAAACGUGAGACCUGGAGGCUUAUACGUGGCCACCAGGCCCUUGAUGCCAGCAGCAAUCCCUGAAGCCAGAGCUCACAGCGGUGUUUGGGACCAAGGCCUGUAUGAGCACCUGCCAGUUGGCCUGUCAGUCCCGGGGACAGAGCUGGGAAAAGAAAUGCCAUGGACACCAGCUGCAGUGUAGCCUCCCAAGAUCUCAGUGGAUCCUGCUAGCUGAGUGUGCUCCAGGAGGGCAGGGGCGGAGCCAGCACCCUGCUUCUGGGCUCCUGGAGCCAUAACAAGCUUCCCGAGGGAGCCUCGGGUCAUGGCCAGGCUGCAAGGCGCCAGGCUCAUGGUCCAGCCCCGGCUCCCUCCCACACAGCCCUCCACCCUGGGAAGUGCCUUCCACACAGAGCAUUGUCCUCUCACCUUGUACAGAUAAGAUAAGCAAGACCCAUAAAGCAGGAGUGUCUCCGGGCUGGAGCAAGGGUACAACAGGUAAAACUUGCCUGGCGUGCAGUCAGUCCUGUUGUGGUCCCCAGCAUCCCAUAGGGUCACCCCCCCCCAAACACCACGAGUUGUUCUGAGUGCAGAGUCAGGAGUAACCCCUGGGCAUUGCCAGGUGUGGCCCCCAAACCAAAAAUUGAAAUAUAAAAAUGUAGGCAGGGGGGCAACUUGGGAGGUGAGACAACCAUGACAGAGGGCACCAGGCAAAGUAGAGGGGAACCCAAGCAGCUGCCUUGUUUGAAGCCUCGGAGGCGCCUUUCCCAGCCAGGUUUCCCCAGCAUCUCCCGGACCUGGAAACUGGGUUCAGGCUGCAGGCUGUGCUUUGCUGCUGCUUCACCCUCCGGUCAGCCUCCCUGGGGGCCCUGGCCCACCUGUCACCUCCCUGUUUGCUCUGUGUGUCUCCUGGCUCCUAGUGGCUUCACCAAAUAAGAGCCAGGCUUCAGAGCUGGGAUGAAAUGCACCGAUGGGCGUCACCCAGGGCUCAGAGUGGGAGUGUAUGUGUCUCCCCGUGCACUUGUGUCUUGACAAGAGAGCAAGCAGCCGCCACCCUGGGGAAUGCUCGCCACUGAGACUGAGGCAGAAAAGGCCACUGACGCAGGUCCCAGAGACGGGGUGUGGCAUCCCAACCUUCAGUGGGUUAGAGCACUGGUUAUUUCUGAGCAGGAGCAUCUACAGCCAAACCAGCCCCUAAUACCACCCCCCUGGCCGCCCCGGCCUUGUCCACCUCUUUAGUGGGAAGGGAGGGGCAGGUUUGAAGCCUCUAGAGCCAGGAGUGGUGGCAAGGACCAGGACUUGAGAAGGUUCUCGAACAGAUGCCUUUAGAGACUCAGGAUCAGAGAGGUAGUACAGUGUGGAGGGCACUUGCCCCACAUGUAGUUGUCCCAGGUUUGUUUCCUAGCAUCCUAUGUGGUCCCCUGAGACCACCAGGAGCAAUCCCUGAGCACAGAGCCAGGAGUAAGCCCUAAGCAUUGUCAGGUGUGACUCCCAACCAAAGCCAAACCCAACCAAUAGAAACUCUGGAUUCAUGGGAUUGGUCCAGCAAACCACACGGGUGAGGCCAGGUACAAAGAAAUAAGAUGCCAAAGCAGGGGACUAGAGAGAGCAGUGGAAAGCGGGGAAGGUUGCAGAGACUAAGGGCAAGAGGUCGAGAGGUGGCAGGCAGCCCUGUCCCUACUGUCCCCAAAGGGGCUGCUGGCAACCAGUCCUACCUCAACACCAACCAGACCUCGGAGAACUGUGUCAUCUGAUUUGCCUGUUACCGAGGUGACCCAAACAGGAGCAGAGAAGUCCCCAGGCCCCUUCACGCCAGGAUGAUGAAGAAAGAUAGGAAACACUGUCUCCAAGGCGCCCACGGUGUCAGCUGUGCCACCAAAAACCAGCAACUGUCCUCUUAAGACCCCUGGGAACCCCCACAGCCCACCCUGGACAGCUGGGGUGUACCCUCCACCCCGGGGUCUGAGCAAGCAUGUUUUGAGAGAGUCGGCGAGCUUCAAGUUAGGAAACUCUUCUCUCCCACCCUGCUGUGCUCCGUGUCACCUCUCAGCAGACAAGAGAAGGGAUGUCAGAGGGACAGGCACAUGCUAGGGCAUCUCAGGGCUGGUCCGCACAGGGCACUCACAGCGUUUUCCUCAGCCACGGCUCCGGAGCAUUUGGCGGUAGUUGCAUUUCCUGAAAGCAGCAUCUUCUGCAGCAGGCCUGCAUGCCCUCCAUACCCACCCAGGGUCCAACCGACUGCUGAAUUUGUCUGCUCAGCCCCUGGACGGCCUGCCGCCAGCUUUAACACCGCGCCCAAGGCCCGACCUGGGAUGCACAGUCACGAUAGCACUUCAUCGAAUGGACUCAAAGCCAAAGUUUCUUAGGCACUUUUUCUCGGCAAUCUUGCUUGGUUUGGUUGUUGCUUUUUAUCAGUUCUUCAGCUCCCCAAACCCAAAUUCCCCCCUACCUCAAGCUUGUGGCUUUUGUUUUUGUUUGUGUUCACAGUUGAUGUCCAUCUGAAUGCAUUUGGUGGAUAAUUGGAGGAGAGUCUGCCUUCUUCAACCUCUGCUUUUAUUAUUAUUAUUAUUGUUGUUGUUGAGCGUUUCCGAUGGUCCCAAUCAGAGUGAAUAAAAAAAAAAGCUAUUUUA